AUGGCUGAACCUGAGGAUGUUGAGGAAGACCUUUUCGCGGAUCUGUACGAUGCCGACGAUAAUACAACUCAUACUUUAUCCAGUGCUGAAGCUCCAAAAUUUGCCGAUUCGGCUGUGCCAACUGCAUCUGUCCACCCUACGCAGAUCCCUAUCCAAUCUGUUGAAACUGGACCGAUCGAGAUGGAUGCGGGAGCUGCAUACCCUUACUCACACGAAGGAAUUCACCAGAACGGUGCGGACAAUGUAGGUAUCGGACGUGCACACCAUGCUGUUGUGCCUGGUGGCGAGUCUGAGCCUCAGGGCACCGGUAUCAAAGAAGACGGGUAA